CGAGAAAAAGGCAACCAGCAUUUAGAGAUUACAGGAUAGAGAUUCGAGAUUCGAUUACUGCUGCUGUGUCAAGCUUGCUACUUCUCGCCUCGGAAUUCCCUUACCUCAUAACCCACAAUCAAUCAUGGCGUCAUCAACAUCGUACAAAAGCACGCUACUCCCUCUUCUCCUCAAAGCAUCAGCCCUAUCAUUUGGGACAUACACACUCAAAUCCGGACGGAUAUCACCAUAUUUCUUCACUUCAUCACUCCUACACACAACCUCGCUCCUAGGAGCCCUUGCACGAGCAUAUGCCUCUGUGCUGAGCUCACCACCUUUUUCUCUUCCAUUGGGCACUGAGGAAGCCGGGUCAGAAGCAGAUGGGAAAUUCUCUCCUCAUUUUGAUGUCCUCUUCGGCCCCGCGUAUAAAGGGAUCCCGCUGAGCGCGAUUGUGGUGCGCGAGCUCGAAUUCAGUGGUAAACAGUUCGAAGGUGUUUCGUACUCGUUCAAUCGCAAGGAGGCUAAGGAUCAUGGUGAGGGAGGCACUAUUGUCGGUGCUCCUUUGAAGGGGAAACGCGUCGUGGUUAUUGACGACGUCAUGACUGCUGGCACUGCCUUGCGUGAGGCUGUUUCUAUCAUCAAAGCCCAGGGUGGCGAGGUUGUUGGCGUCGUGCUGCUGUUGACACGACAGGAACGAGUCAGUGACGAGGAGCCCAGGAGUGCCAUGAAGGUUGCGGAGGAUGAAUUGGGUGUUCCUGUCAGGGCGGUGCUGAAGUUCGAGGACUUGAUCGAGGCUAUCGAAGCUGGUCAACUGGAGAAUGCGGGGCCAAAGGAACUGGAACAAAUGAAGGUCUACCGCCAACAAUACGGUAGUCGAGAUUAAAGUCUGGCUCACCAGCAGACCGCUAUCCAUGUCCCAUGUGAGAUGGGAGCUCUUGAUGCAAGCACAGCGGUCUAGAUAGACACAGCGACAAGAUUGUGGACAAGUAUCAUAUGGCGUGAACCGCGCCUACGA